AUGUCUGACUCUAAGAAAUUAUCAAAAAAGGAAAAGAAAUCACUUCAGUUUCGUAAAUCAAAAGAAGAAAGGGAAGCAGAUAAACAAUUUAAAGAAGAGUCAAAGAAACGUAAACUUGAAGAAACAACCACAACCGACAAUGCACCUUCCACUACUGAAUCCACAGAAGACCAACAACCUAAAAAGAAAAGGAAAACAAGGAGAGGUAAAAAGGGCAAAGGUGUGAAUGAUGGCAAAGGACCGCGUUUUAUCCUUUUCGUCGGUAAUUUGCCUUAUGAUGUCCAACAAGCAGAACUUAUUGCUCAUUUCCAUAAUAGUAAUCCCGAUAGAAUAAGAGUACGUCAAGAUAAAGGUAUUGCAUUCCUAGAAUUUGAUAAUGAUACCCAAGAAAUACAAAGUAAGAUGGAAUUAGCUUUACGAAUGCAUCAUCUGGAGUUGAGGAAUCGGAAAAUUAAUGUUGAAUUGACUGUUGGUGGUGGUGGUAAUUCUGAAACCAGGAAACAAAAAUUGAAGGAAAAGAAUGAAAAGAAGGAUGAAAGACAGAAAAAGAGGAUAGAAGAGGAUAAGAAGAAAAAGAGUAGUAGUAAAGCUUCCACUAGUGAUUUGAGUGGUGUGCAUCCUUCAAGAGCAGCAUUAAUGCAGUGA